AUGUCCACCAAGUCCAAGCUCACCCUGCUGGGCACUUCGCUCUUUGCCGUCACUACCGUUGUCUUUGUGCACUUCCAGCAGAAGUGGGAGGGAGAUGCAAUGCACCAAGGCGUCAUCCGCGACAUGGAGCAACAGCGCAUCAAGAAGGAGCGCCAGCUCGACUUCGACAUGCAGAAGGCUCUGGAGCAGGAAUACAAGAAGGAGCAGAGCGUCCAACAAAACCUGGCCGAGUUGGAACCCCCGAAGCGCGCUCAGGGCCGAUACCACUAG